GUAGAAGGGGAGGGAAUGGGAGGUGUAAUUUGGAUCUUUUAGUAAAUGAAAAGUGUGAAAAUGAUUCACAUUAACUCCUGGAAAGGUUUGUGGAAGGAAGUGUAAUAUGGCUACUGCUGGAAAAGUAAUCAAAUGUAAAGCUGCGGUGUGCUGGGCACCUAAUCAACCGCUCAGCAUAGAAGAGAUUGAAGUUGCACCACCAAAGGCUCAUGAAGUUCGCAUAAAGAUUGUGGCAACUGGAAUUUGUCGUACAGACGAUCAUAUUUUAAAAGGGGAAAUAAGUGGCAUAAAAUACCCUCUCAUACCUGGCCAUGAAGGUGCUGGGAUUGUAGAGAGUGUUGGUGAAGGAGUAACAGAUCUGAAACCUGGAGACAAAGUCAUCCCAUUGUUUAUGACUCAGUGUGGAAAAUGCAAAUGUUGUGUAAGUUCUGACACAAAUCUUUGCAGCAAAAAUGACAUUGGAAAAUAUAGUGGAGUGCUAUUGGACAACACCACCAGAUUUACCUGCAAGGGGAAACCUGUUCAUCACUUCAUCACUACCAGCACUUUUACCGAGUACACAGUGGUUGAUGACAUUGCUGUUGCUAAGAUACGCCAGGAUGCCCCGCUGGAUAAGGUCUGCCUCAUUGCCUGUGGAUUCUCCACCGGAUAUGGCUCUGCUGUGAAAGUUGCUAAGGUUAAACCCGGAUCUACCUGUGCAGUAUUUGGCCUGGGAGGAGUGGGUUUGUCUGUGAUUAUUGGAUGUAAAGUAGCUGGUGCUUCCAGGAUUAUAGCAGUUGAUUUAAACAGUGACAAAUUUGCAAAAGCUAAAGAGUUUGGAGCCACUGAUUUUAUCAACCCUAAAGAUUAUGACCGUCCCAUCGAUGAAGUGCUGACAGAGAUGACUGAGGACGGAGUGGACUAUGCCUUUGAGGUCAUUGGAAACACCGGAGUCAUGACAUCUGCUCUCAAAUCCACUCACUUUGGCUAUGGAAAAACUGUGAUUGUAGGUGCUGCUCCUUCCACCGCUACCAUGACAUUUGAUCCAAUGCUAAUUCUAACUGGACGUGUUCUGACUGGAGCUUGUUUCGGAGGAUGGAAGGGUAAAGAUGAUGUACCGAAACUUGUGUCUGAUUAUCUGAAUAAGAAAUUUAACUUUGAUGGGCUGAUAACACACAGAUUACCAUUUCUGAAGAUCAGUGAAGGAUUUGAACUUCUGCAUAAAGGAGAGAGGUAGGCUUUAUGUCUUAAAUUAGAAAUUAUGUAAACAUAUAUUUAUCCCCCCCUCCCAAUAUGUGCCUAGUCUGUAACAAGUAAAAAACAGGUUACAGAUGGUAAAUGUUGUCUUAAAGAAGAUCUCCAGCUAACUCAUCAUCAAUAUUCUAGCAGGGUGUAACUUGCCUCAUCCCAGCUGAAUUGUUUCUAUUCAUUAUCGGCAUAUGUUGCAGUAUGACCACCAGUCCUGAGUUUUCUUUCCUGUGUAGACAGGGGUUCAAUCUCUCUGUAUAGCUUACUUCCUGUGAAGAUGUUUGCUACGGUAUGUCUAUUUCAGUGAGAUGCUACUUCAUACUGCUGUUCCCUGACUCCAGCUUGUAAGCGCUUAUACAGAUUUUCAAGUCUUUAAAUAUUGAUAAACUAUCCUCAACAUAAGUCAUAACUAUUAAAUAGUUAAGGCUCCGAUACCCGUACCACUAUCAAUCAGCUAUUUUCAGCAAGUGCCAGUAACUAAACAGUGGAGAGAGCUGGAAGCAGUAGGCUCCAUAUACACCGAUCUGUUAUUGAUAGGUCAUCGAUAUUGGGGGACUGGAAACUCCCUUUAAAAAGGCAUAGCCUAUCAAUAGCACUAAGGCCAUGCAGUGUGAAGAAGGCUAGGGCUACUCAGUGACAUGUUGCUUGACAGCAAAUCUCAUACAAGAC